GGUCAAAGUCACUGUGACGUCACAGAACAUGUUUUGAAUGUGAUAUCUCAAGACAGCCUUGGGGGAAUUUCUUCAGGUUUUCCACAAACAUUCUCAAAGAUCAACUGAUUAGAUUUUGGUGAGCAAAGGUCAAAGUUCAAGGUGGCUGUGACCUCAUGUUCUUGUGAAUGUGAUAUAUCAGGAACAUCCAGAGGCAAUUUAUUUACAUCUGGCACAAACAUAAAUUGGACUCUUGGAUGAACUGAUUAGAUUUUGGUGGUCAAAGGUCAAGGUCACUGUGACCUCACAAAACCCACAAAUUCAUACACUAAUUAUGACAUAAUUUAACACAAAUGUCUAAUAGGAUAAAAUGAUGAAGUGAUGACAUUUUAUAUCCAGAUGGUCAAAGGUCAACUUCACUGUGACAUCAUAAUGUUCUGCAAGAACACUUCUGGCAUUUAUUCAAUGCUGUAACUCAGGAAGGAGAGACCGUGACCACAUUUCCUGCAGCUUGGCUGCCACGAGGUGAUUCUAGUUUCAUAUGAAAAUGCAACCAAAUUCAUGAAUAGUAGUAGAACUAAAAUAUUUUUUAAUAUGGCCACAUGACUUUAUUAGAUAUCCUGACAUCUAUUGGACCAAAUAUUCAACCUCUGAGGAUGAGGAGUGCAGGAGCUUCAUCACUUAAUCAUCAGAAUGUGAGAAAACAUUUUGAAGUGACAACAGCUUGAAGGCAAUACGGUUUCUAUCAGUGUUCAGAUUUUUAGUUUCACACAUUUGAUUUUUAGGGGUGAGCUUAACAUAAAGAACACAUAUUGUUAAAAUUAAUACUGUACGUGUAUUUUUAGAUUCAGUUCACUUCCUUUUAAAACCAUUUCCUCCAUCUGCUCAACCGUUUUCACAGCUAUCGCUUGGAGUUGCCCCCCCCCCCCCGUUCAUGUUCAGUUUGUGUUGAAACUGUUUUAGAGAUGUUUUCAUUCAGCUGUAUGAUCAUUCUGGCAGCUGCAGUUUGUGGUGAUGUUGAACUGUAUGAUGUUAUCAAAGGGGUGUAACAUACAAUAUCAGAAGAAUAUCAUCAGAUUACAAACCUCACCUUAUGUAAACCCACAUUACAUGGUGCCUCUUGUUAUUGUAAUAGUUUACCCACCAUUAGAAUGAUUGUCUGUAAUGCACACUGUCGUCUUAUUUCUGUAAAAUCCUCUCCUUUGUAUGUGAAAAAAAUCACACUAUCUGACUAAUGAUACAUUGGCUAUGAAGGCUAUUGAUAGUGUGUAAUAUUACAUUUACCAGUAUAUAACUUCUGGUGGUUACAUGACAUAGACAUAGACAUACAGUGUGGUAUAACGGGCAUAACAUACAUGUUUAAUGUGCUAGAAGAAUAGGCUGCUAAUAUAGAGCCAAAUUUGUUUCAGUUUCCAUUUCUCACAAGUUAUUGUUAGAGAUGUAAAAAGAAAAAGGAAGACUCUGUACAUAUGAGGCUUCACACAAGUACAUAAAGUAUAUAAAAACCUGUAAUUGUAGGUAAAGAUUCACUUUAGAUGACUUUGAUUUUAUAUUUUCCAUUUAAAGUGUAACUAAUCAGCUUGUCAUGAUUCCCAUCUCAGCCCUGUUGUAUGCUGUCUCUUCUCCUACUCAAUCCACCCAUCCACCUAUUUGACUUUGCUCCUUUUCCCAGAUCUACCAUCUAACCUGUUUCCCAUUCCCAGUUACUGGUACCUUCACCUACAAAACCCCUGUUUCUCAUUUCCCUCAUUGCUCGCCCUCAAGUUGCCAGAUUGUUUCAUAUGUCUAAAUAUGUCUCCCUUUCUGCUAUUUAUAUUGUGGAUUCUUGUUAUUGUUAGCUUGCCUGCUACGUGUUGUCUGUUACCUGCCUGUCUACCUGUAAGCCUGGAAUUCAUCACUUAUUCUCUUAAAGUAACUCCAUUGCACCAGCCUGCCUGUGUGUCUGCCUGCCUCGUGCUUCAAAACCAGCCACUACAGCAGCUAACUGUACAAUUUCCUGGAUACAGGCAGGUGUGAAAACUCAAACGUAGCAUGUAGAGAGUGGGGCUUAAAACGGGAAGUCUUCUAAAUAUUGCCCACUUGAUAAGAUCCGCACACUCACCACGUGAAGGAACUGUACUAACUGCUGUCUAAGAGACCAUGAACAACACGGCUUCAUCACAGACUUUAUAUGACAGAAUGAAUAACACAUCUUGUCCUCGUGUCAGCUUUGACUUUACAGCCACUUUCCUUCCUCCUGUUUUCAUCUUAGUAUUCAUCAUUGGUCUGGUGGCUAAUGGAUUGGGACUGAAGUCUUUGCUGCAGAACUGGAAGAAACUGGGGAUCGUCAAUGUGUUUGUUCUCAACCUCGGACUUGCAGAUAUUCUGUAUCUGCUCACACUACCAUUCUUGGUGGUGUACUACUUUAAGAAGAGUACAUGGAUCUUUGGAGAUGCAUUCUGCAAGAUAACAAGAUUCUGCUUCAACCUGAAUUUAUAUGGCAGCAUUGGAUUCCUUACUUGUAUAAGUGUGUACAGGUACCUGGCUAUUGUCCAUCCUAUGAGAGUGAAGGGAAGAAUAACUGUCACUCACUCUGUGGCUAUCUCAGUCAUGGUUUGGCUGUUGGUGGGUGUUCAAAGUCUUCCAGACAUGUUCUACACCAAGACAUUUGGAGACAAGCCUGGGAAAUGCUACGAUACCACCAGUAAAAUCUAUGUUGAGGAUUACCUGAAAUACAGCCUUGGAUGGACACUCAUUGGGUUUUGCAUCCCAUUCCUCAUCAUGCUGGGCUGCUACGGACAUGUGAUUGUCGUUCUCUGCUCCAAAAAUACCACUGACAAGGUACUUGUGCAGAAAUGCUUGAAGUUGUUGUUUAUUUUGAUCCUUCUCUUCUCUGUUUGUUACAUCCCCUUUCACUUAUUAAAGAACCUCAACCUCUGGUCGAGAGUUCUGGACAAACAGAUGAUAUGCCGUAAAUGGUCUGACAGAGUUUACAUCGCUCAUCAGAUAAGUCGUGGCCUUGUGUGUCUGAACAGUGCUCUCAACCCUCUGGUUUACCUCCAUGGAAAUAAUGAUAUUCUUACUCAGCUCAGACAGCUGCUCCAGCGAGCUCGUCAAGCUGUCAUGCACCUGUCCAUCACCCCAAGUCAAGUUCCCCUGGUGUAAAAUGCCUUUUAUGUAAAUGACAUUGAAUUGCAGCAUCUGUAUUGUUUUUGUAUUGUUUUAUAUUGUAUUAUAUCACCUGCGCUUUUAUAUGAUUAUUGUACUGGGUCAGGGUUUUGACCUGUGAUUGUUAUAUUGCUGAAUAUGCUAAAAAUAAAUCUAAAAUCAUAUUAAAAAA